CCCCCCUUUUUAAAAAAGCUUGUGUGCCUUUCUCUCAAUAUAUACUUUUUAAGUUUUUUGAAACGUUCUCUCUCUCUAUUCAAUGCUCCUCUUGUUGAGUACUUGCCGUCUCAGAGGAGAGAGACAGAGGGCGACCAAUGGGAGAUGAAAGGUGGUUACAAGGAGUGGAGCAGGAGGCAGAAUCCCUGACAGCAAAGCCCCACCGCAUCUCUCUCUCUAGCCUGUGAAGAAAAAGAAAGACAGGGUCGUAGGACGUGUUGAAGAGGACAAGAUCUUCUUUGCAGUACAGUGGAUGAAACUCCAAGGCGGAUUCAAUUUGCCAGUGGUGUGAGAACCCAGAAGCAAAGAGCUAGCCAGGCAGAGCAGCGGCAAUCCCAUCAUUCAUCUCUCCCUCCCCUCGCAUGCUUGCUCCAGGAUGCCUCUCGUUGGCAGCAGCAGCAGCAGCAGCAGCAUAGCUGGUGAUCAUGGUGCAAGGUGAGGAGAGUUCUUGGAGGAUGGCGAGCGCCCAUGACCAUGAGAGAGCAGCAGUGCACCUCAACCAAGCAGCACUUCCAUAUCAUGGCGGAGUCCAAGCACACGCGUCCGCUGCACUGCCUGCCAGCUUCUUGGACUUCCAGCCUGCAGCCGCGGCCGCCGCCUACUUCGGGGAGCUGGAGGAAGCCCUCAUCCAUGGCGCAGCCAACGCCGGCGGUGUCGGUCAUCAUCCCGGCAGCAUGAUCACCAGUGACAUGCACAGUGCAAAGUCGGCAGCGGCAGGAUACCUCGCGGCCAGGCCCCCCACGCUGGAGAUCUUCCCUUCGUGGCCAAUGAGGCACCAACAGCAGCUGCACAGUGGGAAUUCGCAGCAGUCAGUCGGGAGCACCACUGACUCGAGCUCAGCUCGGAACACAAUGGCGCAGAUGGAGCUGGUGUCCCCAGGCCCAGCCAGCAGCAUCAGGCCCUCGCCCCCCUCCUCCUCCGAGCAGCAGCCGCAGCAGCAACGGCAGGAGGUCAUGAUGGUGACCACUGACGAUUACAGCUACAAGCCAGCCUUCGCUCCUCCACCUGCAACCCUCGCUGCCGCCCCAAGCUUUCAGCAGCAGCUGCAGCUGCCGCUGCACGGAGGCGACCAUGACAAGAGGAAACAUGGACUCGCAAGGAAAGAUGGCAAGUUGGUAGAUUCCAAGACGGAACGGCGACUAGCACAGAACAGAGAAGCUGCAAAGAAGAGCAGGCUGAGGAAAAAGGCUUACGUGCAGAACUUGGAAACUAGCAGGGUCAGGCUCCAGCAGAUGGAGCAAGAACUCCAGAGAGCACGGUCGCAGGGGACAUUUCUUGGAGGGUGCAGCGGAUCCGGGGACCUGAGCUCUGGGGCGGCCGUGUUCGACAUGGAGUACGCGCGGUGGCUGGACGACGACGGCAAGCGGCUGGCGGAGCUCCGCGGCGCGCUGCAGGCGCACCUGGUGGACGGCAACCUGGGGCUCAUCGUGGAGGAGUGCAUGCGGCACUACGACGAGCUCUUCGGCCUCAAGGAGGAGCUCGCCCGCUCCGACGUCUUCCACCUCCUCACCGGCUCCUGGGCCACCCCCGCCGAGCGCUGCUUCUUCUGGAUCGGCGGCUUCCGCCCUUCCGACAUCCUCAAGAUACUGAUCCAGCAGCUGGAUCCACUGACGGAGCAGCAGCUGAUGGGGAUCUACGGGCUGAAGCAGUCGUCGGAGCAGGCGGAGGAGGCGCUCGCGCAGGGGCUGCAGCAGCUGCACCAGUCGCUGGCCGACACGGUCGCCGCCGGCACGCUCAACGAGGGCGCCGCCGUCCCCAACUACAUGGGACUCAUGGCCAUCGCGCUCGACAAGCUCGCCAGCCUCGAAGGCUUCUACCAGCAGGCUGACAAUCUAAGGAAGCAAACGUUGCAUCAGAUGCGCCGGAUUCUAACAACCCGACAGGCUGCUCGGUGUUUCCUCUCCAUUGGGGAGUACUACCGCCGACUUCGAGCUCUCAGCAACCUUUGGGCUUCCCGUCCUCGCGAGAACUUCAUUGGGACCGACAGUCUUAGCCCCACAGGAACCGAGCUGCAAGGUUUGCACCACCAGCCACAACAGAAUCAGUUCUCCGGAUUUUGAGGCUUCUCCUGGAGGGUGUAACUUAGGCGUCAGUGAUGUUAGAAAGAGAGGAGAGAGUGAUUGUAAUGUUCUAUCAUCGAUUAAAGUAUCUGAGAAAGCAACAUCACUAGGAAAAGAAGAGGGGGAAAUUGUUGGGGUGCAAUGCUGAAUGCCUCUCACCUGUUCUAAUGGCUCUUGAACUGAUUGGAGAGUUAGCAACAGCAAA